GAGGCCGGAAGUGCGUCAUCCUCGUGCGCGGACAGCGUCCGCGGUCAGGCCUGGCGGAGCGUGGAGCUGCUGCUAUGGCUUCCAGCGGCGUCGGCGUGAGCGCUGGCGGCUCGGCAAAUGAAGCUCCCGAAAUCCCAGACAACGUGGGAGAUUGGCUCCGGGGCGUCUACCGCUUCGCCACCGACCGGAAUGACUUCCGGAGGAACUUGAUCCUCAACUUGGGACUUUUCGCUGCAGGAGUUUGGCUGGCCAGGAAUUUGAGUGACAUUGACUUAAUGGCACCUCAGCCAGGGGUGUAGCCAGAUAGACACAUGGAACCCGGGAUGUACUUGAACCUCCAAACACAGAGCCUCCAAUCUGUGACCAUCACAAGACUUUCCCUGAUAGCAGCUGAAGUUUGAUUCACAUGGCUACCUUCCCUUCCCUGCCUGCUUCCCUUCGCCGGGUCUACUCAGAAUUCAUUCUCUGGUCAGCAGUCAGGCUUCAGCUAAAGUGUUGCCCUCUGUUUUGUAAAGUUCUGUACAUAAUUCCUAAGUUUCGGUAGAGAGUGAUCUUUGCUCUUUUCUUGAGGAAUAACCUGAUGGUAUUUUAACAAUUAUCUACAAUAAAGACUGCACACAAAGACAGCCAGUUUUUGUUUUUUUAAUUAGAAACUUCAGCUUACAAAAACAAGGUGUAAAAAGUUGAUUUACAAAAAUCAUAAAAACAUGAUUUAUAUUUCACACACGAGAUAGGAACAAGCCCAAACACGGUUGUGGCUGAGGUGGCUUGCUUCAUAUUAAAAGAAAAAAAGAAAUGGAAACUGUAGCCACCAUUCAUUGAUGUUAACAUAGCCUGAGGCUUACUGAGGAAUUUCCAUUUUUGAGCGUUACUAGGGGAAGAAUCCUUUUGGUGUUGCAUAGCAUGUUAAUGCUCCAGGUGGGUUUUCCAGGCACCAGGGAGGCAUUGUUGCUGUAAGAGAAUGGGAAUUAUUGGUGGAAAGGGCAGUGAUAGGCAGGUGGAGGCUAGGUGUUAAGUAAGCCUGGGCGAUGGGCACUGAAGUGAGCAUCUGUCUCCUUGAGAAAACUGCUUCCUUCACAAGGAAAUAGGUGUUUUCUGACACUGAAACUCAUAGUCGUGUCGCUGCCCAGGAGCUUGGAGUCUUUGCAAAUGGGAUCUGUAAUGAACUGGCCUGGAAGACUCAUGUAGGAGAGAUGUGGAAAUAGUGACACGUUCCCCUUGACAACUUUUUCCUAGUUGAUUUACUUUACUAGGGAUUUAAAAAAAUACUGCUUUUCUGUGCCAAGUCUCUUAAUGGAACUGGUAUGGGAUAAGGGAAUGAAUGGGAAAGGCGGGUCAGCGUAAAUGUACUGGUUACGGUUGACAGAUGUUGUCUCUAGCAACCUGUUCACUAAAGGUAAAUAAGACCAAAUAAUUCCUCUUCACCCUGCUGGCAUAAAUCUCAUUAAGAAAGCUGUUUGAGAAUUAGAUUUUUAAUAUAUUUUCUUUUAAAAAUGGUGACCAGGAAGGAAACUUUUAUGCCACAGCAUAGGUCUAAGCCCCUUCCCACCUGUGUCAGGCCACUGCUAAGACCAGUAUGAGCACCUCCUGUUCUUUAUAACAGUGAAACUUACAUCCUUGAAGUCUGCUACCAGAUCUCAUAAUUGUGAACAGUUCUAUUUCAUAAAUGUUUUCAAAGUUAAAAAUCAAAACCCAGCCAGGCUGGUGUGGCUCAGUGGUUGAGCAUCGGCCUAUGAAUCAAGAGGUCACAGUUUGGUUCCCGGUCAGGGCACAUGCCCAGUUUUCGAGCUUAAUCCUCAGUAGGGGGGGCAUGCAGGAGGCAGCAGAUUAUUGCUUCUCUCUCAUCGAUGUUUCUAUCUCUCCCUCUCCCUUCCUCUCUCUGAAAUCAAUUUUUUAAAAAAAUCAAAACCCAGUAAAAUUAAGAUAUGGUAGCUUUAAAAAGCAUUGAAAUUUCACUCAAUUUGAUGUCUUAUAUUGUAUGUCAAUUGUAAUUAAAUUAUGUUUAAAAAUGUUUUAGCUUCAAGUAAUAGUGUUCACUGUUGGUUGGUUUGUAAAGCCAUAUGCUGGUAAGGUAAAGUUUGAUUUAAACUGGCUUAAUUCCUCAAAGUGAUAAGACUAGCAAAUAAAGCUACCAAAUUUACAAUUUCAAAAA